AUGAAUGGAGGAGCCUCUUCCAAGAGUAUUGUAGUUUGGGUUCAUCCUUUUGGAAGUUUUACUAUGGAUGAUGAUUGUUUUAAGGAGAUGGGUGAAUUGAGAGAAUGGAUGAAUGAAGGCCGCAUACCACGCAACAAGGAUCGUGACAUUUAUGUUGCACUGUUUGCGGAAAGAUUCAUAUGUGGUAGUAAUGUGGUUGACAAUCAAUGUGAUGUCAAUACACAUCGCAUCAAGUUUGGCUCGUUGUUGUGGAAGUAUGGCAAGAUGAAACUAGAGAAACAUAUUACUAGUGAAUCUGAAUCGUCGGGACUAAUGAAAAUAAUGGAUCGUGUAAAGCGUUAUAAUAAUUAG